AUGGCGUCUUGUCUCCCAAGCCCCCCUCUCGCUCUCGCUUUUUCCCUGCUUCUCAUCUUCCCUCUUGCUCUCGGAACCAAACCCGCAACCGCUCCGGUCCUGGCCUACCACGGCGGCGAUCUCCUCACCGGAAAGAUCGACCUCGCCCUCAUGUGGUACGGCCGGUUUGGGAACUCUCAAAAGAAGGUGAUCAGGAGCUUCAUUAAGUCACUAAACUACGAUGGUGGAGCAAACUAUGAGCCCCAGGUAUCGAGCUGGUGGCAAAUAGUUGGGAGCUACCAGUCAUUCGCCGGGAGCAAGUCCAAAAGGAGCUCCGGAAACGGAAUCAAAGUGCAAAUUGUGAGUCAAGUGAGCGAUCCUUCCUUCUCUCUGGGAAAGGUCGUGACCGUCGACUUCGUUAAGCUUCUGGUCCAGAAGGCCACUGCUGGAAAGCCCAACACUCUUGCUGUUAUCUUCACGUCUAGGCAGGUUACAGCGUCUAAUUUGUGCUUGGGAAAAUGCUCAGAGCAUGGAGUUAUCGGUACUCAGCCAUACAUUUUGGUAGGGAACCCAGAGUCGGAGUGCCCAGGGACGUGUGCGUGGCCCUUCCACAAGUCCGAUUACGGACCCAUAGGUGUGACAUUGCAGCCACCAAAUGGGAACAUAGGGGUUGACUCUAUGGUGAUUCAUUUUGCCUCAGGCUUGGCUGGUGCAGUGACCAACCCAUUCAAGACUGGGUUUUUCCAACUAGGAACCAAGAAGGAUCAUGAGUUAGUUGAGGCUGCAACAGCUUGUCCGGGGGUGUUCGGGAGCGGGGCGCUCCCAGGCUACACCGGAAAGGUACUGGUCGACCCGGCCAACGGUGGCGCCUUCAAUGCCCAUGGGCUUAAGGGGAAGAAGUUCUUGGUUCCUGCAAUAUGGAACCCAAAAACAUCCUCAUGCUGGACCCCUAUGUAG